CCACCCACGUCGCGCCCAACAUAUAGCAUUGACUGUGUCGCUGAGACGGGCAGCUGAGAAGAAGGGGGGCGGAGGACGGAUGGGGAGGACUCUGCUGUCGGCUCCCUUAUCCAUGUUCCGAUGGCCGGAACUUGGGCUCGCCAACCUCACCGGCAGCUUCUUGGACUUCUCGGGUCUCAUCCCGAGUUGGCGGUGGGCAGGACUCCGGUGGCCGGGCCUCGACUUCUCGGUGGUGGACGACGUCCUCUGGUCCCUGGUCACGGCGUUCGAGUCGGUCGCCUUGGUGGCCAUGCUGUGCUUCUUCUUCCUCUGCUGUGGCUGCACCGUAUGAUCCAAGCUUCGUCGGUAAGUUGUUCCUUCUGCAGUACUUGUGAGUGAGCUCGUUAGAUGAACAAGAAAGCUUGUAGUAGCGGUAUGUAAAUGCUUGCGUUUGCUAUAUCCGAAGGUAUUGUUGUCCUUCAAAGCUAUGCUAAACCCAAUCAAGAAGUAAAUUGAAGAAACUCGUUCCGCUUUAUUAUAUCAUUGAAUUUUAAAUGAAAUAAGAUCGGAUUUUUUUUGGG